GUGCCCGUCCGCGGCGGCGGCGGGGGGUUUGCGGCGUCGGUAGGUUCCAGAGUGAACGCCUCGCGGGCGCCCGGGCCCGGGCAGGGCCGCAUCCCCCGGGGUCGCCGCGCCCCGGGUCCCGCCCACCCAAGCUCGAGCCCGAGCCCGAGCCCGGUCCCAGCCGCGCCGGGACGCGCGUGGGCACGGGGGCGCGACCCGCCCGUGGGGCUCCGUGGGCCGGGCUCAGCCCGCGGGCGGCGGGAGCACGUGGCCGGGCAGGUGCCCGCUGGCGGCUGCUCCCCGGGCGGCCGGCGGGGCCGCACGCGGGUCCCCACGCGCGGGCGGGGCCGGCCCUGCCCUGACGCUCCUGUCGUGCCCCCGCGCCGGCCCAGGCAGCCAUGCCCGCCGAGAAGCCGCCGGCGGCAGACGAGCCGGCCCAGCCCAGGGGUCGGGGCGCCCGGGCGGACGGGCCCGGCCCCGAGGGGCGCAAGGGGCCGCCCGAGAAGAUGGGAGGCGGCGACAGCGGGCGGAAGCCCCCGCGGCCCCCCGCGCCCGCCAGCGAGUCGGAGAAGGACUCGGGCUUCUCAGAUGCCAGCUCCGAGUACCUGAGUACCCUGGACCAGACCGACACGGAGGAGUCGGCUGCCCGGCGCCUGCCCAAGCCUCCACGGCCGCGCCGGGCCCCAGGCUUCAGCCGCCCCUUCCCUAGCCUGGCCCCCAUCUACAUCGUCAAGAACAUGAUCCUCAAGCAGCCGCUGGGAGGCUCGCCUGGCCCCCGGCUCCUGGCCUGGAGCCACCCCCCGCUGGAUGCUGCGCAGAGCCAGGCCCGGCUCCUCUUCCUCCCACAGUCCAUGCCCACAGCAGCUCUCAAGCCCCUGCGGCCCGGCCGGAAGCCACCAGCCAAGGACACCUACUUGCCCAUCCUCAAAGCCUACCCCAAAAUCGCCCCCCACCCGGACCGUGGCCGGGAGAGCAAGGCGGGGCCUGCGCUGGCACCUGCAGCAGCGACCAGCAGCACCAGCCACAGCAAGACCAAGUGCUUGUGCCUGGAGGAGGCUUCGGUGCCACCCGUGCCUGACAGCAGCAGCCAGGAGCUGGCACCCUCAGCCAGCAGCCCACCGGCGCUGCCCCGGGACGUGGUGACUUCCUCCACAGAGUCGGCGGGCAGCCUUGCUGCUGUGGACCCUGCUGAGGGGAGGAUGCUGUCUCGUGCCUCCAAGAAACUGGGCCCGAGCCUGGGGAAGCAGCGGCGCUUCCACAACACGGUGGAGAUCCUGCGGCGCUCGGGGCUGUUGGGCAUCACGCUGCGGACCAAGGAGCUGCUGCGGCAGAACAGCAGCACGCAGCGGGAGAUCGCAGAGCUGCAGGAGCAUGCGCGCCUGCUGUGUCAGGCUGUGCAGGGCAAUGACGCCCAGGCCUGGGCCCGGCUCCAGGACGCCAUCAGCCUUUCGCCUGCCUAUGGGGCCAAGUGGGGCCGUGUGGGGCUCAGCAGCCCCGCUGCACUAGGGCCUGACUCCACGGCUGCUCCCACAGACUCACACCGGGAGCCCCCGCCCAGCUCAGCCCCAGGCCUGGCGCUGGCCCCGGACAUGGUGCCUGCACCCCUGCCUUAACCUGUGGCCACGCUCAGCAAAUAAACCUGUUCCAGCA